CGGAGGAGUUGGAUAUCGAUAUCUUGUGUUUGAAUCGUCUUCGAACGCCUUGCGUAUUUAAGAGGAAAAGUAAAGAAAACUACAUGCCACGACGUAAGGUUUUGGUAUGAGCAGCAGUAGUGUUCCAAGCAACUACAGUUACGAACCAACUUAUUAGUCAAAAUGUCCGUGAAAAUGUUCGCAAAUCAAAAACAGGCUGCUUUUGCAGGACAAGAUUUAAGUCGAAAAGGCUCUGUUGACGAACCAAUCAGAGAGCUAGUUGAUUGCAUAAAUUCGUCAGAAAGAUACUUCACAACCAGCUCCUGCUCUGGACGAAUUGUUGUGUUAGCGGAGACUGUAGAAGAAGAGCUGUCUGUGCAAAAAGAAGGUUGCAAAUGGGUUUAUGUAUCACAUAGUAAGUGUUCAUGUGAAGAAAUAUAUUCAAAACUUGACCCUUCGAUUGGAGAUCUUAGUUUCAAAUUUGAGGCCUUUGUACUACAUGUCCAAUGUAGAACCCUAGAUGAUGCACAGCUUAUGCUAAGCUGUGGAGUACAAGCAGGAUUCAGAAAUUCUGGCAUAUCUCUCAAAUCACGGAAAAAUUCACAUCAAGAAUGGCCAAAAAUUAUUGUAGCAAUCCGUUCAACCCAUGGCAUUGAAGCUCCUUUAUCAGCUAAUGGCAAAUUGCUAGUUACUUCUGAGUAUGUUGACCAUGUUGUUACAAAAGCAAACAUACUAAUGGAAGAAAACUUCAAAAGGAUUUCUAGGUUUCAGCAAAAUCUUAUGCAACAAAUUUGAAAUGGAUUGAAAUAAUAUACAAAGGGUUUAGAAAUGUAUUCAAUGACUGUACAA